GUGUGUGUUUGAGGUUUGUGUCUCUGACCCGCUGCGCGCGUCCGCGUUCAUUCACUACAUACACAGUUCUCUCCUGAACGCGCACUGCUGUUCAGCUCAUUAAUUAACGCGUUAGUGGGUUUAUUUGUGUUUUCCUCAGUGUUUCUUUCUCUGUUAUAUCUUCAGGACAUUUGGUUUCUCUCUGUUCUGUAGACUGUGUGUGUUAAUGGCUAUUUAUAUCUGUAACUGAAGCCAUGAGAAUAUUAAAUGACAGAUUCCAUCCGGACAGGAAUGUUGUGCGCGCGGCCGACGCCACAGAUGGUCCGGCGCGCUCCAGAACGCGCACAGCAUUCCAGUCCGGACCGAGGCUAGCUCUGCUGUUUCCCGUGUCACACACACACACACACACACACACACACACACACACACUUUAAACCAUCUCUCUGUGUCUCUCUGGCCUCUGAAUCAUCGCGUGACCCUGCUGAUGGACCCCUGGAUGAACCUCGAUCUGUUUGAUUUGAAAUGACGACAGAAACCGAGAGCCAAUCAGAGCAGCAGGGGGCCAGCGCGGCUCCGCCCCUCCACAGCCAGCUUCCUCCUGCCGCCGCCCACAGCACCCCUGUGAGGAAAGAGCAGGGCAGUGGAGCCGAGGACGACGGCACGUCACACUGGUCCUCCUCCAGUAAACUCACCCGAUCUCCCGUCAAAAUCAGCCGCAAACCCAGGAACAUGCAGGUGAAGGUGACGCUUCUGGAUGGGUGCGACUACACCUGCGUGGUGGAGAAGCGUGAUAAAGGUCAGGUUCUGUUCGACAAAGUCUGCGAGCAUCUCAAUCUUCUGGAGAAAGAUUACUUCGGAAUCACAUUCCGUGAUGUGGAGAAUCAGAAGAACUGGCUGGAUCCUGCCAAAGACAUGAAGAAGCAGAUCAGAGGCGUCGCCUGGAAUUUCUCCUUCAACGUGAAGUUUUAUCCUCCUGAGCCGGCGCUGCUUUCUGAAGACAUCACCAGAUAUUACCUGUGUUUACAGCUGCGGGAUGAUAUCGUUUCGGGUCGUUUGCCGUGUUCGUUCGCCACACACACGGUUCUGGGAUCGUAUAGUGUUCAGUCGGAGCUGGGCGAUUAUGACCCGGACGAGUACAGCUCCGACUACGUCAGCGAGUUUCGUUUCGCUCCUCAUCAGACCAAAGAGAUGGAGGAGAAAAUCAUGGACCUGCACAAGAACUACAAAGGAAUGACGCCAGCCGAAGCUGAGAUGCAUUUUCUGGAGAAUGUGAAGAAACUGUCUAUGUAUGGAGUCGACCUCCAUCAUGCAAAGGAUUCAGAGGGGGUGGAGAUCAUGUUGGGCGUGUGUUCCUCCGGGCUCCUCAUCUACCGCGACAGACUUCGCAUCAAUCGCUUCGCCUGGCCCAAAGUCCUCAAGAUCUCCUACAAACGCAAUAACUUCUACAUCAAGAUCCGUCCAGGCGAGUUUGAGCAGUUUGAAAGCACGAUAGGCUUUAAGCUACCCAACCACAGAGCAGCCAAGAGACUGUGGAAGGUUUGUGUGGAGCAUCACACGUUCUUCAGGUUGGUUUCUCCAGAGACUCCGCCUAAGAAGUUCCUCACACUGGGUUCUAAGUUCCGCUAUAGUGGCAGAACUCAAGCUCAGACCAGACGGGCCAGUUCCCAGAUCGUCCGUCCAGCGCCGUACUUCGAGCGUUCGACCAGCAAGCGCUACACGAUGUCACGGAGUCUGGAUGGAGCUCAGCGGACGCCAGUCAACACGGCGACAGUCAAUGUAAAUGGCACUAGACCAACAGAGAUGGGUACGGCGUUGUAUGGCACAGCCAAAGGCAUCGCCAUGAGUGACCUCAUCACCACGGUAACCCCGGAGAAGAGAGUGGAGGAGACGCGGGAGGAGGAGCGUGAGAAGACUCGACCGGUGCUGGUGGAGAGUGUUGUGGUGCUGGAGGAGGAGGACGAGACAACGAAAGCCACGGAACCAUCACUGCCGAGUCCACUGACCCCGGCCCGUCAGGACACACGGACUGAUCUCACAGACACCGCUGUCGAUGGAGAAUUAACGGCCACUGAGUCGGAUCAGGAGGACGAAUCUGAAGCAAAGUCGCUGCCCAGGUUCAUAAGGCAAAUUAAAGGAGAGAAUGUGUUUGUGAGACACAGUAAGCUGAUGUUAGAGGAGAUGGAGCAAACGCCAGACGAGCUGCUGAAGCAUCAGACCAACAUCAGCGAGCUGAAGCGGACGUUCCUGGAGGGAGGACCGGACCGCACGGCUCUGACCGAGUGGGAGAAGCGUCUGUCCUCGUCUCCGCUGCGAUCUCCACGUCUGGACGAAGCGCCCAUGAUCGAGCCGCUGGAGCCGGACGAGGUCAAACAGGAAGUGGCGGUGGAGACACAGGAAGUGACCGCAGCAGCAGGUCUGGAGGACAGGACGGUGGAUGUGGAGUCUGACGAGUGGGUCAUUAUAAACAAGGUUCCUCCGUUUGAACCAGAUACACGUCCUCCAGUCAGAGCUCAAACGGUUUCUCAUAAGAUACCAGAGAAGGUUUCCACCGAAGUAGAAGAAAAACAUAGACGUCCCUCAGCGGAGCCAGAAAAACCCACAUCUGAAGAGGUUCCUCCAACGAAAACCGCUUCGGAGACAUCCCAGAAGUCUCCAGCACUGGACGUUUCCUCAUCCGUCGUAUCCGAAGAGGUUCCUCUGAAGGUACCAGAAAAGGUUUCUCUCCUAAGAGAAGAAAGGUUUCCUCCAGGGGAACCAGAAAAACCAGAAGAGGUUUCUCCAAGGAAAACUCCUUCUAAGAUACCAGUGAAGGUUUCUCCCAUAGAACAGCCUUCUUCUAUCACAUCUGAAGAGGUUUCUCCAAAGAAGACUCCUCCGAAGGUGCCAGAAAAGGUCUCUACGGUAAUCAAAGGGAAGGUUGAACUCAUAAAGGUUCCUUCUGUUGGUUCUUCAGAGGAUGUUCCUCCUAAAGUGCCACCAAAAGUCCCUCCGAAGGUUCCAGAGAGGAAACACAUGGCCAGCUACAGAUUCUCAUCCGAACCUCCUGAACUCAAACCCAGAUCUCAGGAAGGUUUCUCCGUUGUGUCCGAGCAGUUCAUUAGAUCCUGUGAGUCCAGUGAUCUUCCUUCCAUCGAGGUGAUCCCGGCGGAGUAUCCCGGUCCCGGCGCUCCGGAGGCGCUCAGAUCCCCCCCGACGGCUGGAGUGCCUAAGCCCAGUUUUGAUGAGAUGUCUCCUGAGCUCACGGCACUCUUGCAGUCCACUCGCAGCUGGGCUCCGUCUGCGUCUGCGUCUGCGUCUCUCGCUCUGGUCACGCAGCCGCUGGCUUCACACAAGCCAUCAGAGAGUCCAGAGAGGCAUCCGGCUGAAGAAGAUGAACAGGAGCCGCUGGACCAGCCUCAGGUACCUGAACCACCAGAGGGCCCCUGGGAGCCUGCGGUGUGUUAUCAAGCGUGUGUUGCGUGUGUGGAGCCGCUGAGCUCAGUGCGAGCCCUCGACGAGUCUGAGGAUGAGGAUGACUCCAGUGACUCCAGCAGUGUGAACUCAGAUAACUUCUCCGGGCCCCUCACACACACCGGCCCCUCGAGGGCCGACUCCCACAGUGAGUCUGGAGGAGAGAGCUUCUCUCUGUCCACUGAUGAAGAUGAUGAAGAUGAUGAUGAGCAGUCACCCAACAUGAGCCCGUCCGAGCUGAGGGGUGUGGCUGAGGGUCACAGUGGGGAGGUAGAACUGACCGCCAGUUUAGAGUCGGGUGUGGUGAGUUUCUCCAGGACUCUGUCAGGAGACACAGACACACAGGACACGUCUGUGAUCCACACGGAGAUGAAGACCAUCACAUACGAGUCCCUGCAGGGUGAGACGGAUGGAGAUGCUGCUGGCAUUCUGUUAAGCGCUCAAACCAUCACAUCAGAAACCAGCAGCACCAGCACCACCACACACAUCACCAAGAUGGUGAAGGGCGGCAUCUCAGAAACACGGAUUGAGAAGAGAAUCGUGAUCUCAGGAGAUGCAGACAUCGAUCAUGACGAGGCUCUGGCUCAGGCCAUUAAAGAGGCUAAAGAACAACAUCCCGACAUGUCAGUGACCAAAGUGGUGGUGCAUAAAGAGACGGAGAUCACGCCGGAGGAGUGAUGCAGGAUUAACAUCAUCUUCGCGCUUUCUGGAGGAACUUAUGUGUUCACGCUGGGGAAAAUGAAGGAUGCUUCAGAGAAAUCUACCACGGGAACAGCAGCAUAAAGGAAUGAAUUGCAGCAAACUUCAUCUGAACAUGUCCGGAGUAACAUACACACACACACACACGCUUACAGGCGCCGCACUGGAUCACUGUUACUGCAUGACAAGGGAACAAUUCUGCUUUUUUGUGAAGAGACAUUUUAGUAAAUACUAUAUGAGCGCAGUGUAUAGUCAAACCACGAUCCCGUCAUAAAGGGACUGAAGAAUAUGUGUGAGAAGAAAUAUAGCGGUUACAGAUAUCUGCAUUUAUUUAUCCUACUGAAUAAAAAGGAAAACUUUGCAACGUAUUUAACCUCGCAGAGAUGUGCCAUCCACGUGUCGCCCUUCAUCUCUGAUCUGAAUAUUACACUCGUUCAUCAUGAGAAUAUGAAUAUGCCACACAUGUAUGUUAGAAACAUGUUAUGUUGUUUUACUUGAGUUAUACACAUAUUUGUUAGGUUUUUUUUGAAAACUGUUCCUUGUGAGUGUUGGGUUUAGAGGAAUGAAACACUCUGAAAGCUGUUGUAGUGAUGAGCUGAAAUAUCAAUCCCAGAGUGCCACAUCUGAGCCUUAAACUGUACAGACGAACCCAUGUGUGUUUAUGUCCUUGUUUGGUUUCCAAUGCAGUGUCGCCGCCCUGCUGACUGUUUCCCAAUCAAGCAACUCAAUAAAAUCUCAAUUCCAUUUCUGA